UUACUAUUGUGUAUGUGUGUGUUAUUUAUAAACAUUUCCCUUCGCUAUGCGACAUGCAUAUGAAAAAAAAUAAUUAAGUCGCAUUGUGGCAAACAGUUCAAUAGCCUGUAAAAGUUAUUUAAUUACUUAAUUGGGGGAACGAGGUUUCAAAAUCUGUGGUACAACGCGAGUUAUAAAGGGUUUAAAUUCGAUAUGGCUGAAAAUCUGACAGAAGAGCAAACUGCCGAGUUAAACGAGGCUUUCAGUCUGUUUGACAAGGAUGGUGAUGGCACAAUUACAGUCAAUGAGUUGGGCACAGUUAUGAGGUCAUUGGGUCAGAACCCUACGGACGCUGACUUACAGGACAUGAUCAACGAGGUGGAUGCAAAUGGAAACGGAACAAUAGAUUUCCCAGAGUUUCUGACUUUGAUGGCAAAUAAAAUGAAAGAUAAAGACACUGAAGAGGCGGAAAUGAUAGAAGCUUUCAAAGUUUUUGAUAGAGAUGGUAAUGGUAAAAUUAGUGCUGCUGAACUAAGGCAUGUAAUGACAAACUUAGGAGAAAAACUUACAGAUGAUGAAGUUCGUGAAAUGAUCAGAGAGGGAGAUGCUGAUGGUGACGGUCAGAUCGACUAUGAAGAGUUUGCAAAAAUGAUGCAGGCAAAGUAACCAGAGGUAAAUGAAACUGCCGCGCUAUGAAAAUAACAAUUGCUUUCUCGAAAUUAUCUAAAGGAAGCAUCGCUGCAAGACUUUUCACUGCCUUGUAAUCAUUGUUACUUCAAUCCUUUGCUUCGCCAAAUGGUUUUCGACAAUCUGUCUUUUAUCUUUGCAUCCAUCUUAGUUUAAAACAUUAUAGUGUGCAGAAUUUUUUUCCCAUCAAGUGUUAACGUUUGAUUAAAAGCAUACAUCAGGACAUAUACGCUGGAGUAAUGGUUAACCCAGGACAGAGAAACGUUUCAGAUUAAAUGCAAAAUUUGUUUGACCCAUGGAGUAGGGUACGAGGUAUGCAUUGCAUAAUUCCUCGCCAGUUUCCAUUUUCAUUAAGAAUAUAAAUCAGAUUCAAAGCAAUUAAUACGGCAAAUACGUUGAUACUAAAAAUAUAGAUUUGUAACAUG